AUGACGUCAUUACGCUGGAGCCCGCUGGACAACAUGGUGAAGAAACAACGUGGGAAAAGCGCCUCUUCGCAGAAAAGGGCUGACAACAAAAAAGUAGCUGAUAAUUUUAAGUUGGCCAUAGAGUCUAGCGAUGAAGACGCACCAGAGGAAGUAACCUUUGAGGAGUCGAAGGCUCAGGCUUUUGAGAGCCUGAAACAGGCGGUGGAAUCGGCCAGAAGAGAGAAGGAGCAGCUGAGGGAGAAGAGGAGGAAGAGACAGGAGUUUUUCCAGGAGCAGAAGAAAAGGAAGUUCCUGCCAGCUGAUGUGUUGGAGAAAAUUGACUCGACGCCUUUAGAGGAACAGAAAAGGUCUGAGGAUGAAGGUAAAGUCUCCAGUUGGACUCAAAAAUUAGCUGAAGAGGAGGUUCCAGAAAAUGAUGAUGAUGAAGAAGAGGAAGGAAGUGCAAAGAGGAAGAAGGGGAAACUCUCAGGUGUUAGAAGUCUGAAGGGAAACUACACGGUUACCACGGUGAAGGAGCAAGAAGCGGCCAACUUCCAACGACAGGUGGCCGAGGAUUUUAUCCGCUCCAGAUUGUACGGAGCGGGAAGCUGCAGGAGCACCAGUAAUGAGCUGCUGUCCCUCCAGAACAAGAGGGGCCCAAGCAAGAGUGCAGCUGUGCAGUUUGUUAAAAAAGGCUGGGCCUGUAAGGAGAAGGCCAAAGCUGAGAAGCUGAACAAGAGGUGGAUCCAGACGCAGCAGGUUCCCUCCAGCUGACCACCGCAUCAGGAUGCUACGCAGUCCUCCUAACGUAACGGCAGCCUGAGGGCAUCGCAUUACUCUGCUGAAUGUUCCAGAAGACGUAAAUCAUGGCUGACAUGGAGAAAGAAGCCGUUGGAGCUUCAGGAGUAAGAUGGUUUUGGACUGAAGGACAGAGCUGAAAACUGAGGAUUCAAAAAAACAAA